AUGGCUCCUCAACACCUCAAGAUCGCAGUCAUCCCCGGCGACGGCAUAGGGACCGAGGUCAUGCCGUGGGGCGUCAAGUGUCUCGAAUCUGUCGCCCAGAUCUUUGGCAUCUCAUUGGAGUUUGAGUGGUUCGACUUCGCCAGCUGCGCCUACUACCACAAGCAUGGCGAGAUGAUGCCGCCCGACUGGAAGGAGAAGCUCCUCGGGUUCGACGCCAUCUACUUCGGCGCCGUCGGCAUGCCGGACGAGGUGCCGGACGACGUCUCGCUCUGGGGCAGCCUGCUCAAGUUCCGCCGAGAGUUCGACCAGUACAUCAACCUGCGCCCGUGCCGGCUGAUGCCCGGCGUGACGUCGCCGCUGGCCAACCGAAAGCCGGGAGACAUCGACUUCUGGAUCGUCCGCGAGAACACUGAGGGCGAGUACAGCAGCAUCGGCGGCAAGAUGUUCGAGGGCACCGACCGCGAGACCGUCAUCCAGGAGACCGUCAUGACCAGGGUCGGCGUUGACCGGGUGCUCCGCUACGCCUUCGACCUCGCCCGGAGCCGGCCUCGCAAGCGGCUGACGAGCGCGACCAAGAGCAACGGCAUUAGCAUCACGAUGCCCUACUGGGACUCGCGCGUCGCGGAGAUGGCCAAGAGCUACCAGGACGUCAAGCUGGACAAGUACCACAUCGACAUCUUGACGGCACACUUCGUCCAGCGUCCCGACAUCUUUGACGUCGUCGUCGGCAGCAACCUCUUCGGAGACAUUCUCUCGGAUCUGGGCCCGGCUUGCACCGGGACCAUCGGCAUCGCGCCGUCGGCCAACCUCAACCCGGACGGCAAGUUCCCCAGCCUGUUCGAGCCGGUUCACGGCAGCGCGCCCGACAUUGUCGGCAAGGGCAUCGCCAACCCCGUCGGCAUGAUCUGGGCCGGGCAGAUGCUGCUCCAGCACUUUGGUUUCACGGAUGCCGCGGAUCUCCUGCUCAAGGCCAUCGAGAACGUCCUUGCGCGGUCCGAGGCGAGCGUCUUGACGCCGGACAUGAGAGGCUCGGGCAGCACGGAGGGGUUUGGCAAAGCGAUUGUGUCGGAAAUUGCCGCUUUGGGAGAGAAGAAGUGA